AUGACCCACGAAAUGAACCCCAAAACUCAUGCAGAGUUCUGCAGAGCUCUCGCUCCUGCUCUCGCUCCUGUUACUCCUGCUCCUGCUCUAGCUCCUGCUAGCUCUCAACUCUACUCGGCCUUUUUGGCACGAGACCAGCGGACGCCCGAUCCUCUGAAACCAGGGCUUGCCUGGGCCCGAUCCUGCGGAGAGACUGGACAACGCCCUGAACUUCAUAAACACUUUGAAACUCUGCUGAACUGCUUCGAACACUUUAUGCCUGCCUUUAGUCAGCGUCAGACCCAUGCUCAGACUGCACGGAAUCCUGCCUCUGCACCUGGAGAUCCUGCCUGCGUACCCCUGGAGAGAACAGCCAGCAAGAUCCAAAAGCGGCAGCUUUCAGAGAUAACAGUGGUGAAAUUCAUCCUCUUGGGACUCACUCGCAAUCAUGUUUUGGAGAUCAUCCUGUUUGCCAUUCCCUUUGUUGCCUUCCUCCAGAUCCUCCUUGGAAACAUCACUGUCAUCACCAUCACCCUGAUGGACCAACACCUUUACAUCCCCAUGUACUUCUUUCUCAGAAAUUUCUCCCUCGUGGAAAUUUGCUUCACUUCUACCUUUAUGCCAAAGACACUCUACAGCCUCCUGACAGGGGCAAAAGCAAUUUCCCUCUGGGGAUGUUUUCUUCAGUUAUCUCUCUUCUUCAUCCUGGGUGUCUGCACUUUCUUGCAUGUAGGUCUCAUGUUCUUUGAUAGCUACAUGGCCAUUUGCCACCCUUUGCAGUAUUCCUCUUUCAUGACCAGUAAGUGUUGCCUGCAGCUGGUGCUGGGCUGCUGGGUGAUGAGCAUCUUCUUAGUGUUCCCUGCACUGACAAUUAUCCUCUGUUUGCCCUUCUGUGGGCCCAACAUCAUCACCCACUUUUACUGUGACACAGCGCCACUGCUGCAGCUGUCCUGCACAGACACAGGCCUCGUUUAGACAGUGAUGCUGGUGACAAGUGUCCUGAUCCUGCCUGGUACCUUGUCUGUCACUGCCUUUUCCUAUGCCUACAUUGUCUACACUGUCACACACAUCCAGUCUUCAUCUUCAGGAAGGAAAAAAGCCUUUUCCACCCACUCUGCUCAUCAUAUUGGGGUCGCCAUUCUGUACAGCAGCUCUAUCUUCAGGUACAUCUGACCACGCCAGCAGAGUGUGAGGGAUUUUGACAAAGUUCUGUCUUUCCUCUACUGUGUUGUUAGCCCUUGCAUGUACACCCUUCAGAAGCAGCAAGUGAAACAGACCUUGAAAAGACCUGGUGGCAAGAUGUUCCAAUAUUUUGAAACCCUGAGCUACAAAGUAAUGAGUGCAUGCAAAUGA